UGCUGCGGGGGCCUGGAUUUUUGUCCGCCUUACCCAGAGAGCACUCUUUUGUGAUCUGUGUAACUAGGACCCAUCUAACCAGCCUUUGCGCUCGUUGGUGUUGCUUGUGCUUUUUCUUGGUUGUUUGUUUCUGGGUCUGUUUGGUUUUUGCUUUUUCCCGUUUUGUUUAGUUUGUUGUUUUCCUCCUCGUUGUUGUUUUGCCCAUUUGGCCUUUUUUUGCAGUUUUCUUUAUUUGUGCUUCCCCCACUCUAGUCAGCUAGCCCGCUCAGAAGUAUCAGCGUUAGAGAAUUUAGUGACUUUACCUCUUUGUUGUUUCUGCUUUAUUGAGGUAGGCUUGCGGCUUCGCCUCUAGAGUAGUGAGAGUAGCUGGUGCUGUGUCUUAGUCAGCUGGGCAGUCAGGCCCCCGUGGUCCCUUUGUGUUGUAGGCAGUGCACUGAGGGUCGGUGAUUAGCUAGUGUGUGUCGAGCGAGUUAGGGAGUCGAGAGAGCGUAGUUAGGUGCCCGGCAGCAUGGAAGACUCCUUGGACUUCCAUCCUCCUCUGGACGGGUUCCGCUUCGUGGACGUGAUCGGCCGGGGCGGCUUCGGCCUGGUGAAGCUGGCCCGGCACCUGGCGUCGGGCAAGUACGUGGCGGUGAAGAUCCUCCUGCGAGACGGCUCUCCCAGCUGCCCGCUGUCCGCGCAGGGGGAAGCGGACAUCCUGAGGAGCCUGCGGCACAACAACAUCGUGCGGCUGCUGGAGGAGCGGCACGCGGGGAAGCACCUGUUCCUGGUCAUGGAGCUGGCGACCAAGGGCUCGCUCCAGAGCUACGUGUUUGAGCAGGGCGGCCUGGCCGAGGCCGAGGCCAGGACCCUGUUCGGCCAGGCGCUGGCUGCCGUGAGCUACUGCCAUGGCCAGCGCGUGGCGCACCGGGACCUCAAGCUGGGCAACCUGCUGCUGGACGAGCACAUGACCGUCAAGCUGGCGGACUUCGGGCUGAGCCUGCGGCUGGAGCAGGGCACGCUGGUAAGGGGCUUCUGGGGGACCCCCGAGUACUGCGCACCAGAGGUUUUCCUCGGGGAGGACUACGACGCAUUGAAGGCCGACGUGUGGAGUCUGGGGGUGGUGCUGUUUGCCAUGCUGGCGGCCGCGCUGCCCUUCCACGGCAAGGACACGGACAAGCUGCGGGACAGGGUGCUGUGUGGCUGGUAUGCGUUGCCGCGUGCUGUCAGCCCGGCCCUGCAGGAUCUGCUGUCGUGGCUGCUCACCGUCAACGCCUCGAGGAGGCCCAGUGCGGAGGACGCCAGGACCCACUGGUGGUUCAGCCCCAGCCGAGAAGCCGCUGAGGAGGACGAGGAGGACGAGGAGGACGAGGAGGACGAGGAGGGCGCGGUCACCCUGCUGCAGCCCCUGGGUGUUCCCCGGGACCCAGAGGCCAGGGAGUACCUGGAGGGCCUCGGCCUGCUUCCAGGCACAGGGACCGAGGGGUCACCAGGCCCUCGGCCCCACGGCCCCGCGUCCCUGCCCAAGUCCUCGCAGAGCGGCGAGCACCACCCCAUAGAGGACGACGGCUUGUGUGUGACAUCAGUGUCCUGUGACAGCAUGGCCGUGGACGUGUCCUCCACACAAAGUGACUCCUCCAAGGCCUCCAGCCAGCCACAGCAGCAGUGGAGCCCAGCUCCCAGCGCCGCCCCUGACUCCUCCAAAGCCUCCAGCCAGCCACAGCAGCAGUGGAGCCCUGCUCCCAGCACCACCCCCGAGCCAGCCUCCAAGGCGUCGUCCUCCAGCCCCAGUGCCAGCAGCCCUGCUCCCAGCGCAGCCCCCGACUCCUCCACGGCCUCCAGCCAGCCACAGCAGCAGUGGAGCCCAGCUCCCAGCACCGCCCCUGACUCCUCCAAAGCCUCCAGCCAGCCACAGCAGCAGUGGAGCCCAGCUCCCAGUGCCACCCCUGACUCCUCCAACGCCUCCAGCCAGCCACAGCAGCAGUGGAGCCCUGCUCCCAGCGCCGCCCCCGAGCCAGCCUCCAAGGCAUCGUCCUCCAGCCCCAGUGCCAGGAGCCCAGCUCCCAGCGCAGCCCCCGACUCCUCUGAGGUCUCCAGCCAGCCACAGCAGCAGUGGAGCCCUGCUCCCAGUGCCGCCCCCGAGCCAGCCUCCAAGGUGUCGUCCUCCAGCCCCAGUGCCGGGAGCCGUGGGGACCUCGCAGAGCCAGAAGCCACUACAGCAGCCUGUGAGCCCAAUGGGACUGGGCCCACAGCCACUGCAGCCACCACUGACACCACAGCCAGCGCCCAGGGCAAGAGGCAGGGCCGGCGCGGGGUGGGCAGGAGGAUCCUCCGCUUCCUGCUGAGGGCGUGCUGCAUCCUGCCAUCCCGAGGGAGCAGCUCUGGCAGCUGCUGCUGCAGAGUGGCCCCCAAGUAGCCUCGCUCUGCCCCCGUCACCAGGAGCAAUCCGCAGGCCCAGCUGAUGGAACGCUUUUCUUUCCUUGAGCAUUUGCAAAUGCUUCUCAUGAAUAAAAUCCACCUUUGUACAUGG